ACAUCUUUGGAGAUCACUUAAUGAGUUUGUGUGGUGUCAUAGGGUUUGUAGGUGUGGGUGUUUAGGUGUUUGUUGUGCGGCGUUGUGUAGGGGGAGCGAAGAUUUGGAGGUCGGGAUAAACGUUGCAGCGUAAAGGUGCGUGUUACUCCAUAUCACUGCCAGCGGCAAAAGCGUGCCAGAAAUGUCGAGCAGAAGAGCGAGAAAACGGAGCCCUAGUUCAGUAUCGAGUGAAGGCAGCAAACGCAGUAGAAGCUAUUACGACGAUGCCGAUUUUGAGGAAGAAGAAGAAGGCUAUCGGUUACACAUAGCGGAUGUUGGGCUCAGUGUAUCAAAGAGAGACUUGGAACGUCUCUUUGAAAAAUAUGGUCGCCUCAAGGAAGUCUGGUUGGCCAAAGCUCCACCUUGCUUUGGUUUUGUAGUUUACCAUGAGAAAGAUGAUGCUGAAGAUGCUGUCAAAGCUACAAAUGGAAUAACACUUCAUGGCAGUCGUAUUAGAGUCACCUUCGCUCGGCCAAGGACUCGUGGGAAAGGUCGCAGGGGAUUUGAUCCCAAUAUGCGCUGCUAUCAGUGUGGAGAUAAGGGACAUUUCUCCAGGGAUUGCCCCGACACUCCAUAUGGAUAUAAACGACCACCAUCCAGGUCACCACAGCCUAGGAGGAGACCACCACCAUAUCGAUCAUCGGGUGGUACACGAUACAGUAGGAGGAGGCGGUAUUGAUUGCUGUUGCUGUUAAGAACCAAGGGACAUUAUUCUCUUGUUACCAAAGUAAAUAAUUUAGUUAUUAUAUACAAUUACAUUAAUAAAAUAAAAUUUCAUCCUCACUGUAAUGAGAUACUGUGAAUUACUUGGGUAUUUAGGCACUGUAAGCGUUAAUGCAUUGUCAGUGCUUGGUUACUUAAGUAUUUCAUGGCGUAACUGGAGAAAUCGGAUACAUUGUGUAUUGGAUGUGAACGAUGCAUAUUUGCGUACGUAUACAAAUUGGUACAAAAAAUACAUUAGUUUGAAUUGUUCAUGUUCAUGUUUCUGAUGUCUGACUUAUGUGAUAAUAAAACUGAUGAAUUUACUUUUAAAA